UGAUAAAAACAUCACAACUACAGCCAGAUCCGGAAAGCCGAUGCCCGUCCCAUUUUAAAUUCAACCACUCGCCCUAUUUCCCUUCCGGACCACCGUAACCACCAUGCCGACCGUCCCAACCGCCGCAGUUAGUUCUCAGAAAAUGUCAAAAAUACCCUUAAUCCUCUUCUUCUUCCUCUCCAUCCUCUCCUCCACCACCGCGGAGAUCAAAACCCUAACUAUCAACUCCGACUCGCGCCCCAUGAUCCUCUUCGAAAAAUUCGGCUUCACUCACACCGGCCACGUGGCCAUAGCCGUUUCCUCGGUCUCGGUCUCUGCAUCCCUCAACGCCCCCAACCCCGAUGCUACCCGCCUCGGUUUCUUCCUCUUAUCCGAAGAAUCUCUCCUCCAAGUCCUCCUCGAGAUCCAACAGAACCCUCACUUUUGCGUUCUCGAUUCUCACUACAUCCAACACCUGUUCACUUUCAGCGACCUCUCCCCACCUCCCCUCUCCCUUUUCAACCGCUCUUACCCCGUUUCUUCCCCCAAUGAAUACUCUCUCUUUUUUUCCAACUGCGCUCCCGGGACGCGCGUUUCCAUGAAAGUCCGAACCGAAAUCUACAACCUUGACCGCGAUGGCUCCAAAGAUUACCUCUCCGCCGGUCUAACCCAGCUCCCUUCUCUUUACACCUUCUUCUCAAUCCUCUACUUAGGCUACGUAGCCUAUUGGAUCUAUGUUUGUUAUACUAACAAACGAUCCGUGCACCGGAUCCAUUUAUUAAUGGCCGGAUUGCUUUUAUUCAAAGCUUUGAACCUGAUCUGCGCCGCCGAAGACAAACAUUUUGUUAAAGUUACCGGAACUCCUCACGGUUGGGAUGUUUUGUUCUACAUUUUUCAAUUUAUUCGUGUCGUUUUGCUUUUCACCGUCAUCGUUUUGAUUGGUACCGGUUGGUCGUUUUUAAAACCCUUUUUACAAGAAAGGGAAAAGAAAGUUUUGAUGAUCGUGAUUCCGCUUCAAGUUUUAGCUAAUAUUGCUUCGGUUGUAAUCGGAGAAACCGGGCCGUUUAUCAAAGAUUGGGUGACGUGGAAUCAGGUGUUCUUGCUGGUUGAUAUCAUCUGCUGUUGCGCGAUUAUUUUCCCAAUUGUUUGGUCGAUUCGUUCAUUGAGAGAAACUUCCAAAACUGAUGGGAAGGCAGCGAGGAAUUUGGCCAAGCUGACUCUGUUUAGACAGUUUUAUAUUGUGGUGAUUGGUUAUUUGUAUUUUACAAGAAUUGUGGUGUUUGCUUUGAGGACGAUCGCAGCGUACAAGUAUCAGUGGGUUAGCAAUGCAGCUGAGGAGACCGCGAGUUUGGCUUUUUAUUUGGUGAUCUUUUAUAUGUUUAGGCCCGUGGAGAAAAAUGAGUACUUUAUUCUUGAUGAGGAAGAUGAAGAGGCUGCUGAGCUCGCUCUUAGAGAUGAAGAAUUCGAGCUUUGAGAAAAUGGGAGCUCUUUAAAAGAGAAUUGAUAUAAAGGGUACUUUGGAUUUUACUUUUAAUGCAAAUUGUGAGUAGUUUGCAGGUUUAUUUUUAGUGAAUUUUACGGAUACAAAUUGCUGCAUCAGGUCUGGAACUGCUGCUGCAUUUCUCUUUACUGUUUUCAUUUUGUUUAACUUGUUACAAGAACUUGAAUAUGUUUCCAUUAGUUACUGUAUUUCUGCUUAAUGAAAUUCUUACGUUAUGAA